UUUCACGAAAGUCCGAAUCGGGUCCGAAUACAAUUUGGGCAGGUUCCCUCUACUCCAUUACUGACGCACAAUGAGGCAACGGGCAGGAGCAGCAUGCUGCGUGUUGGGCGUCUUGUGCGCGCCACUCUUCUCUUCUUCCGGCCUCAAAUUCCUUCGCUGCUCGCGAUUCCAGAGAAAACCCAUAGCUUCUUUGUCAGAGUCGUGAGUUCUUCUUGUUUAGCUCUUGAGAAUGCGUACGAUUGGAAUGCUAAGAUCACAGCCCUCGCGCGGCAGAGCAAGGUGGAAGAGGCAUGGAAAGUGUUCGAGGGAAUGCCCCAAAGAGACGUCGUUUCCUGGACCUCCAUGAUGACGGCGUACUUGAAGGAUGGGAACUUACCGAAAGCACGUAAAUUGUUCGACGAAAUGCCUCAGAGAAAUGUCGUCGCUUGUUCCGCCAUGAUCGAUGGGUACGCGAAGGCCGGGCGGAUGGUUGAAGCUCGAAGGAUAUUUGAUGAGAUGCGGGAGAGGAACGUUUUCUCAUGGACGAGUUUGAUUGGUGGCUACCUGCGGAUUGGCCAGAUGGAUGAAGCUUGGCGCAUGUUUGAGAGAACGCCGAACAAGAAUGUUGUUACCUGGACGACCAUGAUUCUGGGAUAUGCUCGGAAUGGGCGAGAUGAUCUCGCUCGGAAGCUGUUCGAUGAAAUGCCUGAAAAAAACAUUGUUGCAUGGACGGCGAUGAUCAGUGGAUAUGUCAUGAACGGUAAGAUAGAAGAUGCACGUCAGUUGUUCGAUAAGAUGCCUGAAAGGAAUCUGUAUUCAUGGAACACCAUGAUUUCUGGAUAUUUAUGUGCAAAACAAGUUGAUGAUGCUCGAAAAUUGUUCAACACGAUGCCUCGCCGGAACGUGAUAUCAUGGACGGCGAUGAUUACUGGAUUGUUGGAAAAUGGCAUGGUCGCAGAUGCACGUGAAGUUUUUGACCGUAUGACAGAACGAGAUAUUGCAGCAUGGAACGCAAUGCUUCUAGGGUACUCAAGUGAUGUUAUUGAAGCAGCCAAGCUUUUUCAAUUAAUGCCUUCAAAAAAUCUUAUAUCGUGGAACACUAUGAUCAACAUCUACGCUAAGAAUGGCAACCAUGAGGAGGCGCUUAAUCAUUUGAUUCUCAUGCUGCAUGGAAACAUGAGACCCAAUGCGUCCACACUGACUAGUGUCGUUAUUGGUCGUGCGAGUAUAAUUUGCAUUGUGCAGAUACAUGCUUUGGCUGUGUUGCUAGGACUCGACCAUGAGACUUCGUUGUCAAAUGCUCUCAUCACUAUGUAUUCCAAGAGUGGAGAUUUAGUGGCAUCCUCUAUUGUCUUUGAAAAACUCAGAGCGAAGGAUGUAGUUUCUUGGACAGCCAUGAUAUUGGGCUAUUCACAGCAUGGCGAUGCAAAAGCAGCACUUAGUCAUUUCUCCGAUAUGGUACAGAUGGGGUUGAAACCAGAUGAUAUCACAUUUGUAGGAGUUCUAUCAGCGUGUGCCCAUUCUGGGCUCCUCCAUCAAGGAUGGAUGCAUUUCAGAUCGAUGAAGCAAACAUAUGGAGUUGAACCGAAAGUGGAGCACUAUGCUUGCAUGGUUGAUCUUUUAGGAAGACAUGGGCUCAUUGAUGAGGCUGAAAAACUGAUAAAUGAAAUGCCAUUCAAGGGUGAUAGUGCUAUUUGGGGAGCACUGCUUGCUGCUUGCAAACUGCAUGGGAAUGAUGAAGCAGCAAUUCGGGCAUGCCAAGAGUUGAAUCUACUGGAAGCAAGUAGCUCAGGGAGCUAUGUUCUUUUAGCAAACACAUAUGCAUCUGUUGGAAAAUGGGACGAAGUAGCGGCAGUAAGGAAGACGAUGAAAGACAGGGGAGUGAAGAAGGAAGCGGGCUAUAGUGAGAUUGAGAUAAUGAGCAAGAUCCACACCUUCUUUUCUGGCGAUAGGGUACACCCUGAAGUUGAAGCCAUCUAUGGGGUGAUGGACUUGCUAAUACAGCACAUGAAAGAUAUAUGUUACAUGAGACAUGAAUGGAUUACAUCAAGCGAGGGGGAUGGAGAAAUUUUUAUCAACCCCCUUUGUUGACCUCUCUCUCUCUCUCAAAUACACACACAUAAGUACAUAACCACAGACUACCACGAUAAGCUACACUACUUAUGUUAAGAGCUAAUUGGGUGGAAAGAAAACUGGGCCUUU